AUGGACGUGUCAACCCUACCGAUACAUCUGGGCUAUCUAAACGAUGCGGCUCAUCUCCUCCGGGUAUCGGCUCCUGAGACUUCGGCCUACCUCAUGAGCCGCCACAACGAGCUCAUGUUCCUCAACGAUGCCGAGCAAAACGACGUCCGAAGGCAACACGUCUGCGGUGCCUGCGGCCACAUCAUGAUCCCCGGCCAGGGCACCACGCUCAAGCUCGAAACCGAAAAGGCGCUGAAGAGAAAGCGGCGCGGUAACCUCAGGACGCGCGACCCCAAGGCGACCAAGGAUGAGCUUCGGCUACGCGCCGGGGCGAGAAAGCUUUUCACCUGCGGACACUGCAGCCGAACGACCAACAUCCCAUUGCCCCCUCCGCCGCCCGCUGUGAGACGUCGAACAAAGUCCGAGCAGCUUUCCGCAGCAAAGGGUCGCCAGGUUCCGACGGCCGAACCAGCCAAGCCGGCAACGUCCAAUUCGAGCAGCAAGAAGCGGGCGAAGAAUCGAAAGGCCGGGUUGCAGGCGCUGUUGAACCAGGCCAAGACGUCAUCGUCCGGGAGCAGGAACCUGAGUCUCGCCGACUUUGGGCGACUGGGAUGA